AUGCCGCCGCGGACUCGCCGUCUUCCUCGCGAGGAUAUCACAUACUCCGUUGCGCAGGACAGAGAAGUCAACGUCCUGCAUCAGCUUGAAUAUUGCGACAAGAAAGACAGGUUCUUCGAUUGUCUCUAUCGUAAACGCAACUUGAUGCAGGCAGUUGUGGCUCAUCAUUUGAGCCUCCAGUUACCCGAUGCGUGCAAUAUAGCGGAUAUGUCGGAGUGGCUCCAUGGCAGCUUCAACGUGUGUGUCCCGGUCACCAUUUCGGCGUGGCAGGGGAAGCGCGUCCUUCUGCGGUUCCCACUACCAUAUCGUGUUGGAGACUCCUUUCAGCCAGGCAAUGGAGACGAGAAGAUUCGAUGUGAGGCGGGCACCUAUGCAUGGCUCGACGAAAAUUGUCCCGAGGUGCCAAUUCCACGGUUAUAUGGCUUUGCGUUGUCCACAGGUCAGACGUUCACACGGCUGGAAAGUUUACCGUUCGUCCGCCAAUAUAUCCAACGCUUACGCCGACAUGUCCUGUCGUGGCUCGGGUACCCCGUCCCUUCACGAUAUGUCCGACACGAUAUCGGAAGAUUAGGUUUAGCAGAUGCAGGCUAUCUAUUGACCGAGUAUAUCGAGGAAACACAAGGAGAGAUGCUCUCUAACACAUGGUUAGAAAACCAACACGAUUCGAGGUUACGGACCAAUCUUUUUCACGAUCUUUCGCGAAUUAUCCUGAGUAUCAGUCGAAUUGCCUUACCAAGAAUUGGCUCCUUUGUUAUUGACAACGACGGGUUCUUGAGUUUAACAAACCGACCACUCUCGAUAGAGAUUCAGACAUUGGAAAACGAGGAGGUCCCUACAAACAUUCGAAGAGAUUAUACCUAUACUACUGUCGAUUCCUACAUCGUCGAUAUGCUUGCUUUCCACGAUAAUCGCCUUCGGAUCCAGCCGAAUGCAAUCAAUGACAUUGACGACUCUGUAUCUCAGAUGUCAGCCCUAGGGGCGAUGCGUACGAUUAUGCCCCUCUUCUUGCGGCGGGAGCUGCGGCGCGGGCCCUUUGUUUUUACUUUGACAGAUUUACACCAGAGCAACAUUUUUGUGGAUAAAGACUGGCAUAUUACCUCGCUGGUAGACCUGGAAUGGGGAUGCUCUCGACCUAUCGAGAUGGUGGAACCACCUUACUGGCUUACAAACAAAGGCGUCGAUCAGAUACUGCCGGACGAAUACAACAAGGUACGGGUUGAAUUCAUGACGAUUUUAGAAGAAGAGGAACUGUUGGCAGCGAGCAAUACUACUGAGAGGGGGGGGUUGCGACUAGCAGAUGUAAUGAACCAGGCUUGGGAGAUGGGGACUUUCUGGUAUACGCUUGCGCUGUCAAGCCCGACCGGCCUUUUCCGUUUGUUUUAUCAUCACAUCCAGCCCCGGCUCAUUAGCAUCCACGAUGAAGAUCCAGACAACGUCAUGCCGUACUAUUGGGCACAGAACGUCUUUCAGAUUAUAUCGCGCAAGUUAUCCGAUAAGAAAGAAUAUGACUUGCAGCUUCGCAAAGCUUUCGAUGACUCUACGAUAGAGUAG